CCUUCACGCAACUACCUUCUAGGAUAAAUACGACAUCAUUAUCCAGCUAACGUGUUACUCUUCACGCCUAUUCGGACGGUGCGCAGGGUUCUGAAAAAUCUAAUGUAUUGAGGUAAACUCGCAAAACUACACAGCGACCGAGGCUCUGAAUCGAAGCACAGAUAAUCCUCAUCGCCUCUUGUUUGUUAGUCAAGUCAAUGACCUCCACUGGCCAGCCGGAGACAACAGUUGGAGACAAGCCGCAGGUCAGUAGCGUUGGAGAGGGAUGGUAUAAUUCAGUUUAUAUCCCAAAACUUGGUAUUCCACCAUAACCUAUGCACACUACAGAGCUCUCAAUUAUGUUUUUGCAACUGUGUGUGUCUGUGAGUGUGUGUGUGUUGGAGGUGAGCGUUUUAGCAUGCCCGGAGGUUCCUCCUCUCGUGCUGCCUCACUAUACUGACAAACGGUCAGCCUUCGUCCCUCCCCAUUGCUCCUACCACAGCCUGGGACACUGUCUACGCACCAACAUCUUUCCAGGAGCUCCUCUGGUGUGGAAGUCCCUGAUAAAAGACUCCUACAUCGGUCACCACUUGCCCGCCCCUCCUACAGAUGCCCAGCGUUGGUACGGCCGCAGGACUGAUGACAUUGACAGGGGUGGUAAUGAUGUGGUCCAUGCUUCACCUGCUGUUCCUGCUCUCUGUCCCACCAGGCUUCACUCACAACAUCCAAGGACUGUUUUGUGUGAAUGACUACAUCAACAACAUCACCUGUGUGUGGAACAGCUCGGGAAUAGAUCCAGACGUGGCAUGCCAGCUCCGCGGUACAAGAGAAGACUAUGAAAACAAUUUUUUCCAGAGUAGUUGCGAUCUCAAACCCUUGGAAGGUCAUUCUUUAGGAGGCUGCAGUUUUGUCUUCAAGGGCCAUUAUUUCAGUUCAAACGAGAACCUCCCCAGCAUUAAGGUGGAGUGUGACGGGUAUGAGGCGGUAAACCUCAUAAAAUACACACCUAUCGAGCACAUUAAGAUGCAUCCUCCUGGUAGUCCGGUCAUCAUCAAUGGGAUUAAUGUCACCUGGAGUGCUGGUAGUCCGCUGUCUAGGAAGAUCUUUGCAUAUGAGUUCCAGGUGAAGGUGAAGAGGGAAGACCAGCUAUGGGGGGAGGCCAAGAAUUUGACCAGACCAAAGCAGGAACCGUGGAUGGAGCUGGGUGUGGAGGAGAGUGGGAUUCAUCACAUCAGGGUGAGAGUCAAGCCGACCCGUCCCCCCUCUAGCCACUGGAGUGAGUGGAGCCCCACUGCCUCCUGGACAUCAGAGGGCGAGGUCUCACCAACCUUUGCGGAGUCCCCGGACCUGACUUUGUGGCUGGUGUUGAGCGGUGCGUUUUUCACUCUCAUCGUUGUCAUGUUGCUAGUCUUCUACAAAACACAUAUUAACAAUAGGAAACACCAGUAUGUGCCUGACCCCGCCAAGUACUUCCAGCCACUUCACUCUAUCCAUGGUGGAAACCUUCAGAAAUGGCUGAGCCCCAUGUUUGCUCCAGAGUGCUUCAUCACCGCCCAGCCCGGCGAGGACAUCUCCCCUGUGGAGGUGUCUGGAACAGAAGUCUGGGACGUCACCGACUCCACCAGCUCCACCACCGCGGCCUUCCUCCUACACUCUGACCCCAACACCCCCUCUGAUGGCUGGAACAGCAGUGGCCAGUCCUCCUGCUUCUCCAACACCGGCUACUUCUACCCCAGCGGCCUCCGCAUCGAGUCUUGUCCCGUCUACUUCACCUACCAGGAGGACCACAGCUCUCUCUACGCCACCACCACAUCCUCCUCCUAUGAGCUCUUGGAACUUCUCGGUCGGCUGCAGAGCGAGCCCCAGAGCCCAGACUCUGGGUUCGGCAUGGAGAGCGUAGAGGGGAAGGACCAGGUGGAGGAGGAAGGAAAGGGGAAGAAGGAAAGGGAUGUGGCUCCAGUUGACCAUCAUUCACCCCCUCCUCUUGUCCUACCAGUCUCCCUGCCUGCUGGGAUCCCUCCAGGCCCUCACCAUCCCCUGAGUCUCCCUCAACUCCCCCUUCAGAAUCCUGAGUCUAACUCUGCCAUGGCGCCUAGCGGCAGUUACAAUGCCUGGCCUGUAGAGGCUGCUCUAGGCAGAUCCUCCUCAAUGACAGUGGAACCCAGUUGUAGCGGCUAUUUGACCAUUAAUGAGCUGCAGAAUACCUACAGCAACAAGUCUAUUUGAACAAUCCAUUUAUCACUCAAUUUACAUUUUAGUUAAGCUGUUGAACUUAUUCUUAUUCUUAUUCUUAUUCUUCGUGCAAACUAUGACACAAGGCUCAGAUAAUGCAGGUACAAAAUAAUUUUUUGCAUGUAGUUUAUUUGUAUUUUAUAUACAUUUAGUAUAUUACUUGUAUUACUAUUGAGGCAGCUGGUUUGCCAAUGCGUUGUUACUUAUCUCAGAUAGUUAGUGCUGCUAGUUGUUUUUGUCUUUAAAUGCGUUCACUGACAGCUUGUUUGUAUGAAGACCUGAAUAAAACCUCUGGCAGAAGA